CAAUCUAAGGAAUUCACAGGUGAGAAGCGACAACCGAGUCGGACUACUCACUUCGUCAAACAGUCAGCCAUCAACGUUACGUUAUAUACAAAUGUAAAAUAAGUGUUCACAAUCAGAUAGAGUCCAACCAUUUUGUUUUUUAACGGUGCACAAAAUGGCGACAAACUUCACAGAAGACAUCGGCCCCAUGGCUUACCCAAUAAAAAUGGUAUCACAGGAGGUAGUCGAACACAUGCUGGGAUGGAACAUUCCCGAGGAACAUCAGGACCUGGUGCACGAACACUGGCGGAACUUCCCAGCUGUCAGCAAAUACUGGCACUUCGGCCUCGCCUUCAUCUACACCCUGUUGAUGCUCGCCUCCAUGACCGGCAAUGGAAUCGUUAUUUGGAUAUUUAGCACGUCGAAAUCUCUACGCAGUCCUAGUAACAUGUUUGUUAUCAAUCUGGCGAUCUUCGACUUCAUGAUGAUGCUUGAGAUGCCGUUGCUGGUUCUGAACUCCUUCCACCAGAGACUGCUCGGUUACCAACUCGGAUGUGAUAUAUACGCUGUGUUCGGCUCACUGUCUGGAAUCGGCGGCGCUAUCACCAACGCCGUUAUUGCUUUUGACAGAUAUAAGACAAUUUCGAGUCCUUUAGACGGUCGGUUGAACCACACGCAAGCUGCGCUGCUGAUUCUCUUCACAUGGGUGUGGGCAACUCCCUUCUCCUUCCUACCAGCUUUCAGGGUCUGGGGAAAAUAUGUACCAGAGGGUUUCCUGACCACCUGCUCCUUUGACUUCCUGACCGAAGACGAGGACACGCGCGUCUUUGUGAUGUGCAUCUUCGUAUGGAGCUACGUCAUCCCCAUGUGCUGUAUUUGCUACUUCUAUUCUAAGCUGUUUAGUGCUGUUCGUCUCCACGAACGCAUGCUCAAAGAGCAAGCUAAGAAGAUGAACGUAAAAUCAUUGGCAGCUAAUAAAGAUGAUUCGGGCAAAAGCGUCGAGAUUCGAAUUGCGAAGGUUGCCUUCACGAUAUUUUUCCUCUUCGUCUGCGCCUGGACGCCAUACGCCUUCGUCGCCAUGACAGGAGCAUUCGGUGACAGGAGCAUUCUCACUCCCGUUGCGACGAUGAUACCAGCCGUAUGCGCGAAGGUAGUCUCCUGUCUAGACCCAUGGGUGUACGCCAUCAACCACCCCAGAUAUAGGGCUGAACUUCAGAAACGUGUGCCCUGGAUGGGAGUCCGUGAAGCCGACCCUGACAACACCUCCAACGUGAGCGGAGCCACAGCUCAAACACAGAACCCUGCUGAAGCGUGAACAUUCAACCUUACUACCAUCACAAAGAGUUCACUGUUCAUGUGCAAUAACUCUCCAUGUUAUACCUUAGAUAUUUGUUAUUAUUUUUUAAAUGUAUAGUAUUUUAAGUAUGACGCGGCGCUUAAAAUGGACUCUGGCUUCUGUAAUUUAGGACGUUUUUACAUAAUGAUAUCGAUCGUCGUUAUAUUUUAAUUUGUAUACUGUUCAUACACAAUUUUAUUACUUUCGAAACGAUUAAUAUCAUAUGAAAUAGCAUUCUAAUUUAAUAAAGUCAUAUUUGUAGCAAAAUUAAAAAAAAAAACGAAAAAAUAUCGGACUGAUACCGACGACUCCGGCGACUUUGAAUACAAGUGAAAAUAAAAAGUGUUUUAAAAUA